ACCUGAGCAAUCCCUCCUGUGAACCCUUCUCUUGUUUUCCCGUUUGAACCCAUAUCUUACCUGGAGGCAUACUCUCUAGCUCCUACCCAGAUCACCUGCCCUUUGUUUUGCACGUUCCAUCACUGCCAGCCCCAGAACCCUGCCUGUGCUGGCAUCUAUGUCUUUCCACAUCUGAACAAAUUGCUUUUCUAAACUCUGAUUUCCAGUGUGCAAAUAGGGUUCAUAUUAGAUCCACCUUCUGGGAUUGUUGUGGAGAUAAAAUAAAGUAGUACCCAUCAAGAACAACAGGCCUCGUCGAAGAUAGAACAUGAAUGGUGGCCUUUGCUCUUCUGGAUUUGCCCUAACAUGAGCGAUACCCUCCUGCCACCUGGCCACUUAGGUUCGCGGCCCCCGCCCCUGGUGCCCCGCGGCCCACGCCUUUGUGACGCAAGGCCACACCUCGCACUCCUGAACGCCAGCCCGUGCCACCGCCGCUCUGUCUGUGGCUUGGCCGGUUAGAGGCCGGGAAACACGGACGGAUCUUCUGGGGCCAUGAGGAAACUAUCUGAUGGCCUCCUCUCUCUCCUGAAGGUGCUGCUCCUGCCUCUGGCACCUGCCCCAGCCCAGGAGUCAACUUCAGCCUCCACUCCAGGCAGCCCCCUCUCCCCCAGCGAAUAUGAACGCUUCUUUGCGCUGCUGACCCCAACUUGGAAGGCAGAGACUACCUGCCGCCUCCGUGCUACCCACGGCUGCCGAAACCCAACUCUGGUACAGCUGGAUCAAUAUGAAAACCAUGGCUUGGUGCCGGACGGCGCUGUCUGCUCCGACCUUCCUUAUGCCUCCUGGUUUGAGUCUUUCUGCCAGUUUACUCAGUAUCGCUGCUCCAACCACGUCUACUAUGCCAAGAGAGUCCGGUGCUCCCAGCCAGUAUCCAUUCUCUCACCUAACACUCUCAAGGAGGCAGAGGUUGCAGCAGAAGUUGCACCCACCACCAUGACCUCCCCGUUUCUAUCCCAUAUCACAGCCACAGAACGGCAGGUCUUCCAGCCCUGGCCUGAACGACUGAACAACAAUGUGGAGGAGCUGCUCCAAUCCUCCUUGUCCCUGGGAGGCCAGGAGCAACUGCCUGAUCACAAGCAGGAGCAAAGACAGGAGCAACACAAAAAAGAGCAAAUGCAAAAACAAAAGCAGGAGGAAAGGCAGGAGCAAGAAGAGCAAGAGGAGGAGCAAGAAGAGGAGGGAAAGCAAGAAGAGGGGCAGAGGACAGAGGAGGGACUGGAGACAAUGUCUAAUCUGCAGGCCAAUGCAGAGGCCAAGUUUCUGUCUGAAUCUUUGUCUUCCAACCCUUCCUCCUUCACUCCCCGAGUCCGAGAAGCAGAGCCUGCUCCUGUCGUGAUGGAGAACAUCCAAGAGCUCAUUCAACCAACCCAAGAAAUGGAUGAAACAAAUGAAAUAUAUGAUGAGGAUGUCUAUUGGAGAAGUCAAAACCCUGGCAGCCUCCUGCAACUGCCCCACACUGAGUCCUUGCUGAUAAUGUGCUAUUCAAUUGUGGAGAAUACCUGCAUCAUGACCCCCACAGCCAAGGCCUGGAAGUACCUAGAGGAGGAGAUCCUUGGUUUCGGGAAGACGGUCUGUGACAGUCUUGGGCGGCGACACACAUCUAUCUGUCCCCUCUGUGCCUUCUGCUCCCUGAAGCUGGAGCAGUGCUACUCAGAGAACAACCUGCAACGGCAACAGUGUGACACUUCCCACAAGACACCCUUCCUCAGCCCCUUGCUCACAGCCCAGGGCGUAUCUGUCGGCACCCAGGUAGGGUCCCCAGAAGCAGGCCGCUUUUAUGGGCUGGAAUUGUAUGGUGGGCUCCGCAUGGACUUUUGGUGUGCCCGGCUUGCCACAAAGGGCUGUGAAGAUGUCCGAGUCUCCAGCUGGCUCCAGACUGAGUUCCUUAGCUUCCACGAUGGGGAUUUCCCCACCAAGGUUUGUGACACAGACUAUGUCCAGUAUCCAAACUACUGUUCCUUCAAAAGUCAACAAUGCCUGAUGAGAAACCAGAAUCGGAAGGUAUCCCGCAUGAGAUGUCUGCAGAAUGAAACUUACACUGUUUUGUCCCUGAGCAAAAGUGAGGACCUUGUGCUUCGAUGGAGCCAGGAGUUCAGCACCUUGACUCUAGGCCAACUUGGAUGAGCUGGUAUCCAUUCUGGCCCACUCCAGCCUGAUGGGUCCAUAUUCUCCAUCUGUCAGUUACCUAGUCCCUAGUCACACUCUCCUUGGGUUGGGAUAGCAGUCCCAGAGAGGUCCACAAUGGAAGUUCCAUCUGCCUUAGAGGAUGAUAUCUUUAUAUAAAGUGUUUAUUUUCAGCCUGUGUGGCCUUUUUUGGUUUGAUCUCCAUCCUCAGCACUGCCACCUUGCCCUUGGGAAUCAAUCUCUAACCUCCCAAUUUUAUGGAUCCAUCUGCAGAUGAGAGAACCUAAUGGGAAUGGUACUCAGGGAAGCAGCCAUCUGUCAGAGAAGCAGAAGACCUAAGCAGUCAGGGAAUUGGAUUGAAGAAAGCUAUGGCUGGGGUCUUAGGGGUUAUGUGUACUAUGAGGACAUAUGUGUCUUCAUUUCUGAAGUUCUGGGUUCCGUUAUCUCAGAAGUAAAUGUA